AUGGCACUAACUAGCAAACAUGAUAGAAUCUGUUUAGCCUUCUUGCGAAGAAUAUUGGCUUUCUGCAAAGAUCGUGUUCAAUUCUCUUUAGAUGGGAUGGUACGAGAGCUUGGGAUUCCUGAAAAUUUUCAUAGUGAAUUAUUCGCUCGAAUUGAUCAAUUCGGAAUUCUUAGACCAGUUUCACCAAAACAACAAUCAAUGACGGUCAAAAGAACAGUCAAAAAGAGGGCCCUCGCUCCUUUUUUGAAACAAUAUUUUCGAGAUGGCGAACUUUCAGAAACAGCAAAAAAUACGGACUCAUGUGUUGAUAACUCUCUUCGUGAUAUACCGGGUGGUGCUGCGCCUAAAAGAAAACCAACAAACGAGUCUGAUGUUCCGCAAAUGUCGUCUGUGAAUGCUAAUAAGGAGCCACUAGCAAAACGGAGAAGGAAAGUUUCUGACGGAUAUUAG